UAAGAAAAUUGUUGGCGUUUCCACUGAUACGCCUUAGUAUAGGUGUAUUUAAAUGUUAGAAUGAGAAAAAGAAUAUCAGAAAAUGUAGAAAUAAUAACGCAUAACGUUAUCCUUGAUCUUUAUUAUGUAUAAAUUAUGCUUUAUAAUGGUUGCGUAAUUUAUGACAAUCGUAAAAAAACUGACCAAGACUGACCUUGAAUUCAAAGAAGCAUUUAGCUCCAUUCAAUGCUGUUGACAAGUUUUACAAUUUUCUUUUCUUUUUCUACGAAAAUUAGCGUUAAAAGCCCUUCUUAGAAAAGCAAGUAGCACCUGUUAGAGGAUAUGUUCCAUAUGAGAAGCUGGAGGUCGAGAGUUUAGUAUAUAGUCUCGUGACUAAUAAGUCUAUGAUGUCAGAAGACGAGAGCUGAAAAGUUCGUCUGCCACUUAACAAAUUUUCGUCUGCAUUCGACGAUCGGCGCAAUUUUUUUUUAGAGAAACGAGGUCAGUUACUUAAAUUUAACUUAUAAAUUUAUUUAAAAUGUUUUAAUUUUAAGAAACGAAAUUACAAAGGCGAGAUUCGUAGACGUUUUAGCGGGUUCAAAGUCCAAAAUACAUUUUAAAGUAGGUCUUUUUUUUUCUGUAUUGAUGAUGGAAACUUCUAGAAUAAGUUACUUUGAAUUGGAAGUUUAGACCAAGAAACUGCAUAUUUAGAAUUGCGCUACGAGGAAGAAACUGGAAAUAAAGCACUUUUUCAUGCUUGUAUUCUAUGCUUUAAUGAUAAACAUUCAAAGUGUCAAGCUUGAUGAAUAAGAAGGGCAAGCCAUUUUGGUGAAUUGAAGUUUUUUUUUGGAUGAUAUUUCGUACGAAGAAUCGUCAUUUACAUAAUAAAAGUCAAGUCUGUGGAAAUUAAAAUCAUACAUAUUUAUAUUAAACAUAAUAAAUUAAGACAAUUUACAGUUUCUAAACAAUAAUUGCAAAGCAGAAACACUUCCUGUUGUCAUAAUCACGUGCUCAGUUCGUCGUCCUAUUGGCUGUCGAGGGUAGCCGAAUGUGAUGCAAUUCGUCCUUGUGUAUGUUUUAUGAACAGGGAGAAGUGUAGCGAAUCGGCCAGAACAGCUGAUCGCUAACUACACCACACUCCACAGGCUGUAAUGUGAAGCGAUUAGAGAUUUCUGUAUGGGACCAGCAAUGAAGUAUCUGGAAAUGGAUAACAGCACUGCUUGGCAGGAACUGUUGCCCAACAAUAAUUAUAUGGGACGAGAAAACGAAGGGGACACAUCCCCGACCAUUACGUCUACGGAAAGUGGGACCAUAACCAAAAACUCUACCUUUAACCAUAAUUUAUCACUAAGUGGUUACUCGAAAUGCGCGGAAGACAAUUUAACCCCAAUUUUUAACAAAUAUCGACAUUCCAGAAUCAUUCCGGGCCGAUUAAGGAAGAGGGUGGUAUUAAAAAAUGGUGUCGUUAAUUUAUCAAAAGAAAGAGUAUCGAAGAGGGGGCAAAGAUAUCUUCAGGACAUAUUUACGACUAUGGUGGAUAUCAAAUGGAGAUGGAAUCUGUUAGUGUUUGCGCUCGGAUUUAUUCUCAGUUGGCUGGGAUUUGCUGUGAUCUGGUGGCUUAUAGCCAUGGCCCACGGGGAUUUCGAUCACAUUAACGAAGAAUCGUGGACCCCUUGUGUAAUGAAUCUGCGCAGUUUCACUUCGGCAUUCCUAUUUUCUAUCGAGAGUCAACACACCAUAGGAUACGGUUUUCGAUACACUACGGAAGAAUGUCCGGAAGGUAUUUUUAUCAUGUGCAUGCAGUCGGUAACGGGGGUCAUGAUUCAAUGUUUGAUGGCCGGUAUUGUUUUCGCCAAACUCUCCAGGCCCAAGAAAAGAUCGCAGACUUUAAUGUUCAGUAGAAACGCAACCGUCUGUCUCAGAGACGGUAAGUUGUGUUUGAUGUUUCGUGUAGGUGACAUGAGGAAGUCUCAUAUUAUCAGUGCUCAAAUCAGCGCUCAAUUAAUUCGCCGAAAAUUGACAUUAGAAGGAGAAGUUCUCCCUUAUUAUCACACGCCAUUGGACGUGCGAUUCGACGACGGAGGUGAUAGCGUUUUCCUCAUUUGGCCCGCCACUAUAGUUCACGUCAUAGACGAUACUAGUCCAUUCUACGAAAUGAGUGCCGAAGAUAUAUUAAAGGACAGUUACGAAUUAGUGGUGAUACUCGAAGGUACCAUCGAAUCGACGGGCCAAUCCAUUCAAGCCAGAUCCUCCUACAUUCCGAACGAAAUACUUUGGGGACAUAGAUUCGAACAGGUAGUCCGUUUCAGAAGGGAGACGGGAGAAUAUUUAGUAGAUUAUAGCAAGUUUAACACUACCUACGAAGUAGAAACUCCAUUAUGUAGUGCUAAAGACUAUUAUUCGUACACGAGAUUGCUAACUGUGUCUUCCAGAGCCACCAGUUUUGUGGAACAUCCUCAAGAAAGGAUCAGUCUCAGCUCCUUAAGAAGAAGUGUCUCUGCGGUAGAGAAACAUUCCUCAAAUCCUCACUUCCAACAAAUAGAAGAAUCUCUGAAUAGGAAACAAUAAAGAAGAAUAUAAAUUAAGUCAUUUCUUUAAAAUUGCGAGCAUUUCAAUAAGAAAUUAAGGAACAUUUCACACGCAAACUACUUACGCGAAUAUAAAUAAUUUGCGACUACUGUUUUAUAGAGGAAGAGAUAAGUACAAUCUGUGAAAAAUUAUCCACAAUUAGCUAUCUGAUAAACGUCUAAUUGGACUUUAAGGUUCACAAUAAACAUGAUACACUAGAGAUUUCCGAUUAUAGAAUGUUACCCUUUCUAAUGAUCCUUUAAAAAAAUGUCAUUAAAUGCUGUAAUUGAAGAAGGGCAUCGUUUUUUAUAUUCACUCGAAAUAAUAUUCUACGAAUUAGUGAAUCAAAAGAUUUAAUUAUAUUGACUGUGUGCUUGUUAUAUGUGAUGAUAAUAUAUAUUUUUUUUAAUUUUCAAGAAUAUUUUACAAUUUGACUAUUUAUAAAUAUUUAUAACGCUAUCAAAUUUGUUAAUUAUAAUUAAGAAAAAUUGUCAAAAAUCUUCAUAAAAAUGUUUUAAGAAUUGAUUUUAUAGCAGCUGAAUGGAAUGUUGUAUAGAAAAAUCUGUAUUUUAAAUGUUAUAACAUAUCAAGAUACAUAUACAUGUGCAUGUUUUUAGGAAUAAUUCAGAAACAAUAUUGAUAUGUUGCUUUAAUUAAUUUUUUAAAGAAGAAAUUUUUACUUUUAAAUGGAUUUCUUUUUGUAAAUAUACUCUUAUAUCACGCCUAAUUGCUCAAUUAGGAAUAUCUGGAUGGAACCUGGAAUUUUGGGUUUAAUUUAUACCGAUUUAUUCAAAUUUUAGUUGUUUUUUAACCCAAGAAAAGGUCAUUAAAAUUCAAAAUUUAGGCAGUAGAUCAAAGAAAAAUGGAUUUAGUUCAUGUUUCAUGUAUAAAAAAUAUUUUUUUCUCUAUCCAAAGUCAACUGACAGAUCUGUCGCUAAACAAAUAUAUUCAGUAGCAGAAUGUAGUUUGGUUUUAUAUUUAAAAUUUUUGAAUGGCAGGUUUCAUCACUCGAAGAGUUUCAAUUAAACAUUGCUAAUAUCUUAAUAAAAACAACGACAUAUUUUUUUGCUAUUAAAAUCAUUCCAGUUUAUAUUUAUCCAAAGAUUUUCAUUCAAUGUACCUUUAUAAAUAUUGUAUAUAAUGUGUAAGAAUCGAUGAUAUACACGAUAUAUUUUAUAAUAAAAUUAUUUUAUAUCA